AUGGGCGACGAAGCACCACCGAAGUCUCUACGGGAAUAUGCUAUGCCCGAUGAGACCACCACCACCAUUACCAGACCGACAACCGUUGCCACCCAUUUCGAGCUCAAGCCACAAUUCAUCCAGUUUAUCUCACAGGACUCUUAUGCGGGAACACCCAAUGAGAGCCCUACUGAUCAUUUGGCUAACUUCUUAGAAAAAUGCAAUACAUUGAAAUUAACUAAUGUUUCUGAUGAUCUAAUUCGGUAUUGUGCUUUUCCGUUUUCUCUCAGGGAUGAAGCGAAGGAAUGGUUUAAGGAAGAAGAAGUGAGGCAGAUUGCCACAUGGCCAGAACUGAAGAAGGCUUUUCUUUACAAGUUCUUCCCUCCUAUGAGAACUUCCAAGUUCAGAAACAGAGAUAUCUGUUAUAUUGAUGCCGCAUCUGGCGGUACUUUCAUGGCCAAAACUCCAGAAGCUGCGAAGACAUUGUUGGAUGAUAUGGCUGCCAACAAUUACUUGAAUGACUGGAGUGUGUCUCGUGGAGCCCCUAAAAAGGGAGCUAAAGUUGAUCAGUUGAGUCGCGGACCAGUAGCACCUGUUUGUAAGAUUUGUGAAGUGCAAGGUCACUCAUUUAAUGAGUGUCAAUAUAAUACUAUGGGAGUGGGAACUGCGCAAGUCAAUGCCCUCCUAAACACAAACAUAAGGCCACAAAACAACCCAUACUCAAACACAUAUAACCCGGAUUGGAAUAAUCACCCAAAUUUCUCCUACAAAAAUAACCAACCUCAACCUCCACACACCAACUACUCCCAGCCACCUGGUCUCCAACAAAGGCCACCAUUUAACCCUUCAUCAUCAUCCUCUCGACCCAACCUUGAGACUAUCAUGGAGAAUUUAGCUUCCUCUCAGGCUAAGCAAGUUGAAUACCAAGCCAAGCAGAAUGAAUUCUUCAACAACUCUCUCCAACAAAUCACUGCUCAUAAUAAAUUGAUGGAGAGUCAGAUGACCCAACUAGCCCAACAAAUAAGCCACCUCUCUAAACCUUCAGGCCAACUUCCUGGGCAAACUGAACCAAAUCCUAAGGGGCAUAUCAAUGCCAUUUCAUUGAGGAGCGAUAAAGAACUGCAAGAGCCUACACGGAGGGUAACUGAGCAAAAGAACACUGCAAAGGAGGUUAUAAAGUUGAGUGAGGAAGUUCAAGGGAAAACGGGUUUGGAAGAUGAAGCUAAGAAUACUGAGAAGGAGGAACCCACUGUUAUCCCUAUGGAACCAUACAAGCCGCAUGUUCCGUUCCCUCAGAGAUUGGCACAGGCAAAAAUUGAAAAGAAAUAUGGGAAGUUCCUUGACAUCUUGAAGAAGCUACACAUCAACAUACCUUUCUUGGAUGCCAUAUCUGAGAUGCCUUCUUAUGCUAAGUUUUUGAAAGACAUGCUUUCCAACAAGAGAAAAAUUAAAGAGAAUGUCACUAUUUCACUAACAGCUGAGUGUAGUGCUAUUUUGCAGAACAAGCUUCCAAAGAAGCUAGGAGAUUCAGGCAGUUAUUCUAUUCCUAUUAAGCUUGGUGAUAUUGAGAUCAAGAAUGCCUUAUGUGACCUUGGGGCUAGUGUCAGUCUCAUGCCCUUAUCAAUCUGCAAGAAGCUCAAUAUGGGUGAACUGAAACCCACACGCAUCUCCUUACAACUAGCAGAUAGAACAAUCAAGUUCCCCCUUGGCAUCCUUGAAGAUGUUCCUCUUAGAGUCAGAAAAUUUUUCAUUCCAUGUGAUUUUGUUGUUAUGGAAAUGGAAGAAGAUGCAAACGUUCCCAUUAUUCUUGGGAGACCCUUUUUGGCCACUGCUGAAGCCAUAAUUGAUAUGAAAAGGGAAAAAUCACCUUUGAAAUAG